CAUUCUGCUCAGCUGAAGUGGUCUUUAGUUUCUACAGACAGAUCACUGAGAGAUUUUAUUUCAGCAUGAUGGAAUGAUUUUCAAAAAUGAGGAGGAAUCACAAAGAGACACCUCAGCACCAAGCUAUGCUGGAAUUAAGGAGUAGUAAAAUGGACAUAUUGUCCAGAAAAAGAGAAGAAGCAGCAAUGACGAUCGCUCCAGAAUCGAGUAACGGGCCUACAAACCAAGAUUUGCAGGAAACUGCACGACCUGAGGAAGUUCUGGCACAUGGGAAAAAUAGCAUGCGCACUAUGGCAAAGCAGAACAUCCAGUUACCUGUCACUAACACAACCAGAAAUACAUUAGUCUUCCCCGUAAAGAGCAUAGAAUUUGAACGGGCAGGUGCUGGGCCUCCAGCAAAGAGCCCUGGGAAACCAAAACUUCUUCCUAGAAGGCCCAGAAAGGAUCCGAUUGGUCUUCCCCCUUUCAGAGCACUGAUGCACAAGGAAACGGCACAUUGGGAAAAUAGCAUGUGCACUACAGCAAAGCAGACCGUCCGCUUACCUGUCAUUAACACAACCAGAAAGAAAUCAAUCGACCCCAUGAAGAUCAUAGAAAUGUUUGAACGAGCAGGUGCUGGGCCUCCAGCAAAGAGCCCUGGGAAACCAAAACUUCUUCCCAGAACGCCCAGAAUGGAUCCGAUUGGUCUUCCCCCAUUCAGAGCACUGAUGCACAAGGAAAAGGCACAUGGGGAAAAUAGCAUGUGCACUACAGCAAAGCAGAACAUCUGCUCACCUGUCAUUAACACAACCAGAAGGAAAUCAAUCGACCCCAUAAAGACCAUAGAAGUAUUUGAACAAGCAGGUGCUGGACCUGCAGCAAAGAGCCCUGGGAAACCACAACUUCUUCCUAGAAGGCCCAGGAUGGAUCCGAUUGGCCUUCCCCUAUUCAGGGCACUGAUGCGCAGGGAAAUGUUAAGCAAAACAUCCAGCAAUCCUCAGGAACUUACAGGUACUACAGAGGUAAAGAGUAAGUCUCUUGAGGCUACAGUUGAGGUAGAACCUCAAUUAAGAACCAACAUUACUGAUGCUGUCCUGGAUUGCAUAACCUCUACAUCGUUCAAGAAUCAGUUCAUUCAGCGCAUUGUGGGUGAGUUUGAUGAUAUACUAGCAAAAGCCGUGUCCCAGGUUCAUGAGCAACAGCAUGCUGUGAGAUUCGAUACAGCAGGAGGUAAGAUAAACAACAUCUCCUGGGAACAACAAUCAAGCAACAAUGUUUUCAGGCCUGGCUUCAGUGAUGGUGUGGCAUCUGUGCUUGGUUAUGCACUGAUAGAAGUUAGAGAAGAUGUGAAAAAAACUUUUAGAAGCCAGUCACAAAAAUUUCAGACAGCCUCACCAACGGCAUGCGAUUCUGUAACAGAAAUAGUGGACAGUGUCUUUGAAAGCAUGCUUGAUUCCUUGAUUCCUCAACUGAAACCAGAUGUUUGCACUGAAAGGGAUCCUAGCAAGAUUGAUUCUCUUUAUAGUCAUGAGUCUGAUACAGUGUUUGAUAGUAUGCUUCCCAGCACUGACUCAGAUUUCAACCAGAGUCCAGUCCAUGAGCCAAGAGGAAGUGCUGAUGAGUCUAGAGUCACAGCUCAGGACAUUGAGACAUUAGACACUGUGAAAGAGAGAGCUGACUCCCCAAGAAGAUCUACCAAAGUCCCGUUCUGCACAGUAUUUGACCAGUCUUCUGGACCUGAAAUUAAGGCCAAAGAUGAGGUUGAGGGCAUCUUGGCUGAUUCUGGAAGCAUGAGCCACCUUGAUGUACCUCUGACUUCAAGAGUCAAAUCUGACUCCGAUUCGGAUACAAGCGUUCUUGAGCUCACUGCUACUUCUGCAACAGAACAUGUUGACCACAUGUCAAGAUCUGAUGAAGUAGCAGAAGAAGGACUUGUGGCUAAAUCAGAUGUUGAGCUUGAGCAAAUCAUGGCUGCUCCUUCUGAGGAAAACUCUCCUUCUGACAUUACUUCCCAAAGCCUUGAGCUGAUUGGACACCAGGAAUGUGCUAGCCCUGUCCCUUCACCACCUUCUAGUGAUCAGCCAGGAUCUGCCAGGAGAGGGGCACGUCCUAUAAAACUCAACUCUUUUCCAAACAUAUUCUCUGAUGAAGAAGAUGGCAUCUUUGACCAGUCUCACCAAAAGGUAGAAAGUGAUGGCAAGCGUAGACUUUCUCUGCCUGGCAAGGAAAUGCGUUCUUCUGGAAGCAGAAGCGGCCUUGAUGAGUCGCAGUUCAUCUGAACCUUCCGACGUUGAAGAAGCUACAGCAAAGUCAACCUCCCCAAGAGGAUUGUCAUGGGAAAUAAUCUUUCCAGCCUAACAAAAAACAGAGAGAGGCUUUGUAGAUGUCAAAAAGUAAUUAAACUUUAUUGAAACUGUGGCAUUCCCAAAUGGAAGGAAACGUUUAUCCAAAUUUAGUAAAUCCAACUACGCCACCCUGGGGAAUAACCAGGGAAAUACUCUCAAAUAAAGGCACACGGAUAAGUUUGACCAAUCGGGGCAAAGAACUUGAGAGUGAGACAUGAGUAUGAAUAUAAAAAUUACGUUUUAUUAUGACAUUUAAGCAUCAUUAAAACUUAACAUACGAAUAUAAAAUUGCUUUCUCAUGAAGCACAAUAAGGAUUUUAAAACUAAGCACUUCUCCAGGCCCAGGCUUGGCAGGAACAAGACAGGCCAGCUACAGCUCGGGAGGUCAUCCAAACCCACCUCAAGUCACACCAAAAUCAGUAAACACUGCCUACACCAUAAUGAAGUUCUUGUGUUGGCUCAUUAAACACGCGGUGAAGCACACACCACUGAAUAAAUGCAGCUAGCCUCCCCUGUCCCACUGACUCACUGGCUACUGGAGAGAACAAAAUCACCAGUUAACCCAAAAUUACAUAAACAAUAAACAAAUAAAAACAAAUAUUACAGACACCAUGAUGUGGUGGCUAUAACAACCAGGCCCACUGAUACCACCACAGAAAUUAGAGGCAGUUAACAGCACCUAAGCAGAACCAGAAUUAUGAUAAAGGGUACAAAUGGAAAAUAUAGCCACUAUAGCAUGGAGACAAUAAGGCAUAGCAUACACCCCCUCAAUAGUAAGGUGGUUGUGUGGAAAAACAAACCAGAAAGAACAGGUUUGAGGCUGGAAAACACUAAUUUACCAAUUAGUGUCUCAUACUACAUGUGGUUGCAGAACAUAAGCUACACAUACAUCCAAAACUAAAGUUAACAAAAAUAGCAACAAAACAGACACGAGUACAACGAAUAAUAAUAGAAAAAGAAAAAACAACACAAACAGAGAAAAACAAAAUAAAAAUUACACCAGCAACAAAGUAAAGCUGAUAUGCAGCACAGCGGCGGAAAGGCACGUACCCUGACAGCCCAAGCGUGCAACACAGCAAAAGCAAAGCCUGUAAGUGAACCAGCCCAGCAAAAUGCCCAUAAGCAAAGCAGUUAAGCAAAACUAUACAGCGAAGCAAAGCAAUAAAUAAAGCAAACAACUAAGUAAAGCAAAACAACAUAUAAAACAAUAAAGAAAACAACGAUAAAGAAAAAAAUAAGUAGAACAAUAAAGAGAAUGAUGGUAAAGCAAAACAAAUCAGGAAAACGAUCAAGCAAAACAGCAGUGGCAUCACAUGUAGCGUCUUCUGCUAGGGAUUUGUCUUAGAGAAGAUUUAAAUGCUCAACUCCCCACUCUUACCUUAACACAAAGAUUGGAGUGUCAAACUAAAUCUACCAAGUCCCAAUGUGAAAAAGGGAGAGGUAUGCUUAACAUUUGGUUGAACAAACACCAGACGCGAAGUUGUAUGAUUACUCACAGGUACCACGGCUCAAUAUACAUAUACAUAUACACAUACAUAUACAUAUAUAGCCACCGGCUAAUGUUGCGAUCACUGAAUGCGAUCUCCAGCACGAUCUCCGCCACCAACUCGCCACAAUGCACGUGCCACCAGCACCGCUCUAAGACUAUAAAUAAACAGAUUAGCCUUGAGAUGUUCACCUCAUUACACCGUGAGCAAAGCCUCAGUGUACCUGCACGGAAAUUGGAACCGGAAAU